AUGAAUUGUAAUCAAUUACGAAAAGAUGAUUGUGCUUUGCUACGUCAAUACAUUGAUCAAUCAUGGAACUUAAUCGACAAGCAGAUACUUGCAAGAGCUGGUAUACCUUUCCGUUCUUAUUGUGAUACGUUUUUAGACCUCGAUUCAGGAGACGACGAGAAUAUGAAAGAAUGUCGACAAUGGUGGGUUUGUCCUCCAGAUCAACAGCAGUGUCGAACGGGAUAUUGCAUCUAUUCACAGUGGGCUAAUGAUAAUGAAUGGGAUUGUCCAGAUGCUGAAGAUGAACUGCUAUUGUUUGAUUCAUAUGUUGAAUGGGUUCGAUCAAAAACACCAAGAAAUUAUAGUUUUGUCAAAAACUCUAACUUUCUUUCUAAUACUUGCAACCAGACAGGAUCGUUUUUAUGCCUAUCCCCAGGCGCAUCAAGUCUACAUUUCUAUUGUAUCCAUUACAGCCAACUUGGAGACGGUAAAAUCGAUUGUGCAGGAGCGAUCGAUGAACGCAACAAACUUGCUCAUUGUGACCAAUCUUCCGUACUUGGAUACCAUUUCAGAUGUCCAUCUACUAACACUUGCAUUCCCUAUUAUUAUCAUUGUCACAAAGGCAUCAGAUGUCCGAAUUUAACAGAUGAUAGUUACUGGUGUUAUCGUAAUUUUCCAUCCUUUGGUUAUUGUCGGGGUGAGAAGGAUUUCCGCUGUUUGGAUAAUACGUGUGCAUUCGGUGGGCGAUGCGACGGGCAUUACUUUUGUCCAUUUGCCGAAGAUGAAUACAUGUGUGAUUAUUCGAGUUCCUCUAUGCAAAAGGUCACUUCUUAUCGUCAACAAAAAAUGCUCUUUGCAAGAGCGGUACCACGUACUUUUCAGUUGCCUCAGCUACGUGUUAAUGAUUCUACAAAUAUUCUCAGUGCCAAUACAAGCUAUACAACAACAACGAGUCGAAAUGUUCCAUUCGUCGAUACUUCAUUGUUAUCACCAUUGUUGCCCUAUUGGUGUAAUCGAGGUCUCGGCGUUUUAUUGAACAAUAAAUCGAUUAUUUGCUUCUGUCCACCACAAUAUUAUGGUGAUAAAUGUGAAUACCAUAAUGAUCGAUUAUUAGUAACUUUUCAUUUGGAUAUGUCUCAGUCAAGCUUCACCAUCGACACUAAUCAGAAUAUUGUUUUGAAACUUCUUGUUCUCUUUUUCUACAAUAACCAAACUCUAAUGAAACAUGAAUUUCACGUUCGCCCAACAUUCAACACUAGCAGUUACGAGAAGCAUGUAGUUCAUUUUCUCUACUCACAUUCAUCAGAUUUACGUGAACAACGAAACGAUCGAUACUUCACUCGCUCACAGAUUCUCAAUGUUCAGCCAUAUUCCAUCCAAAUUGAAACUUAUCUACUUCAUGAUAUGCAAAAACCUGUGCUGAUCGCUGUUUGGAAAUAUCCGAUAUAUUUCGAUUAUCUUCCUGUUUAUAGUCUUGCAAAAGUUCUUCGUUUAAUUAAACUCAAUAAACAACAAAACCCUUGUUUAAGUAAUCCAUGUCACUCAAAUCAACAAUGCUAUCCGCUGAUGAACAAUAAAUCGCAAUAUGUCUGUUUGUGUAACGAUAAUUUCACUGGAGAACGUUGUUCAGUCGAGGAUGACCGUUGUGCGUCAGGCUACUGUGCACCAGGAUCACUCUGCAAGCCUAAUUAUCAUCUUCUGCUUCGAGGAAAUACAUUACCACUAUGUAUCUGUUCGUUUGGUCAAUACGGUGAUCGAUGCGAUAUAGAACAUGACCUUUGUCAAUUAAAUCCAUGCUUAAAUGGUGGAUCCUGCUUUCCUUCUUUGAAACUUGAUCAGUUUACAUGUUCCUGUAAGAAAGAAUAUUACGGAGAAAAAUGUGAAUUGAAGAAACGUCGUACGCAUUUAUCUAUAAAAGAAAAUCAUGAAUACACUGGUGCAGUGAUUCAAUUCUUUGGCAUUGAUUUCAUUUCCCUCGAUCUUAAUCUUGCUCAUCAACGAGUCUAUAAAACGCUUCCUUCAUCAAUCGAAUAUUACCAUGAUCAAGAAACAGUGCCUACAAUCAUCUUAGCUAAAACUUAUUCUUCUUACGAUGACAUUUCACCAGCUAUCUAUCUUCUGUUACUAUCUGUCAAUGUAAACGCUUUCGACACAAAAAACGAAUUGUCCGAAAGCAAUCAAUGCAAGCAUAUUACUGAAAUACGCAACGGUAAUCCUUGUUCCUAGACACACUUCAUAAAUGCCUGAUGUAACUUCUACUUUAGAUUCUUCUCCCAUACAAUAUCACUAUAUCUGCAGAAACAAAUCUGAUUUGCUGUGUUUUCAAGACGAUAUUUAUCUAUGUAUUUGUGCAGACAAUCAUAAUCGAGUAGAAUGUUUUCUUUAUAAUUACCAACUUGAUCAAUGUGCUCUUUGUCUCUCUGGUGGUCGAUGUUUAAAAGAUAACUCGAAACAUUUACCAAGCUUUCUCUGCAUUUGUCCACCAUGUUAUUCAGGUAAACAAUGUCAAUUUAGUUCUAAAUCCUUUACACUCACUCUUGAUCAACUUCUUAUCACUGAUCUGACUAACUCUCGUAAACAUAUAGUGAUGUUUUUAUUGAUCAUCUUUCCUAUCGUUGGGUUUUUGUUUGGCCUUCCAAAUAAUGUAUUUUCAUUUGUGACUUUCCGUCGACGACUGUGUUUACAAAAUGGCACCGGUCACUACUUGCUCUGCUUAAGCGUGGUCAAUCAGACCAUUCUGGGUCUUCUCAUUGCUCGUUGCACUCACCUUACUCUGAUUGCUUCGAUAUUUCAAUUUCCUACAACUGUGAACCAUCUGCUUUGUAAAUUUCUCAAUUCUCUUUUAACUGGUUUCAUUCGUAUUGCAUCUUGGUAUAAUUCAUUUGUUGCACUCGAACGUGUUUACACAGUUGUAUGCAUCAAUCACCAAUGGCUAAGAAGACCAAAGAUUGCCGUUCGUAUCAUAGCAGUGACAUUUUGCAUAGUCUUUAUCUCCUCUGCAUAUGAACCGGUAUUUACCAAAUCGUUCACGAGCGUCGAAGACAUGCAUAAGACCACGUGUAUCAUUGAGUUCCCUAUUAGUUCUCGAUCAAUGUGGAUGUCGAUCCAUCAGCUUGUCUUUAUUACAUAUUUUUUCCUACCAUUGCUGAUCAACAUUUGCAGCACAGGUAUACUCAUAAUAAUCGUGAUAAAGACAAAGAUGAAGAUUCGUACACGACGUCAAAGUAAGUUCUUCUAUGUUUGCUUUUCAAUACAAAGCUUUCCUUCUUUUUUAGCCAAUCAAAGUAACAUUCAUACUGGUCGAAAUCUUUUGCGAGAUAUUUUAAACGAAAAUAAAGAAAUAAUUGCACGACCUAUUAUAGCAGUUAUUCCAUCGAUAUUUUCUCUAUUUUCAUUGCCACUCUUUAUCACUGCAUUUUCGCUAGAGUGUCAUAAUAUAGAAGAUAAUCCAUUACGUUAUCUUCUAAUUAGUUCGUACCUCAUCUCUUUUAUUCCGCCAAUGGUCACCUUUAUUUUGUACAUUUAUCCGUCAUCAUUCUAUAGUAAAGAAUGGCAAGCAACAACAAUCAGCAAAUACGCCGAAAGUGUUCGCGAAAAAAUCUCAAAGAAAAAUCAAAACAACUAGUCGCAUAAGAGAUUUUAGAGGACCGUUCGCCUUAAAAGGUCAAUUUUGAGAGUGUGGGUGUGGGUGUGGGUAUUGUAUGAAGAAAAGAACAACUCCUACGCCUACACCCAUACCCACACGCGCACACCCA